AUGAGCUUGCAUCUGGUCAGGUCUGGAGAGACCCAGUUCACGGCCCAUGGAUACAUUGAUGGUGAUCUCUUCCUGCGCUACAAGGGGGACAGAAGGAGAGCAGAGGCUUUGAGGGCCAGGAUCAAGGGACAUGCAGGAGCUGAGACCUGGGCAAGAGAAACUGAGGGCCUUUGGAAGAUGGAGGAGCAACUCAGGAGGAUGCUGGCUGAGGUCACAGGCCAAGACAGGGGCCUUCACACCAUCCAGGCAACCUUAGGCUGUGAACUUCAGAGAAAUGGGAACAUUGGAGGCUUCUGGCACCUGGGCUAUGAUGGACAGGAAGCCCUCACCUUUGACCAGAAGACUCUUACAUGGACAAUGGCUGUGCCAUCCACCCAGCAGACAAAGACCUUCUGGGAGUCACACGCACCCAGAGCUGAUCAAGCUAAGACUUUCUUGGAGGGCACAUGUCCUGCUCAGCUCCAGAGACACCUGAAUUCUUUGAGGAUCUCUCAGAUGGACACAGGUCCCCCAAAGUUAAAGGUGACCAGAAGGAGAUACCCAGUGGGCAGGAUUACCCUGACAUGCAGGGCUUUUAAUCUGUAUCCUCCUAUGGCCACCCUAACCUGGCUUCAAGAUGAGAAGCCAACACAGCAGCAAACUUUUGGACCUGGGACCAUCCAGCCAAGUGGGGAUGGGACCUACCAGACCUGGCUGUCUAUUUGGGUUCUUCUUGGGCAGGAAUCACAUUUCACCUGCAACCUGAGGAACCACAGCAAGAAAAUUGAGGUCACUGAUUUCUAUGGUGAGAAAAUGGGACAGCCAUCCUCUAAGGGGAUGGGAGGCAAGGUCAGGAAGUACCUGUGAAGUACAAUCACUACAGCUUUCUUAGUGGCCUCCAGGACAUCAAACAGACAAUCUAUGGGACCACCAGCUCUGCCUCUGCUUUGGUGGCUUCUGUUCUUUGUACACUAUGAAACACAAGGUCUCCGGAGCAGGCUGGACAUCCAUGGCAAAGUCCAGAUUGUGACCAACUACAAAUGUUCCCAUCUCUUCACCACAUACAUAGAAAACAAGCAGUCAAACAAUACAGAGGGAGACCUGGCAGCCCAAGAGAUGACUGAAAACCACUUUGCCAGAUGA